AUGAAAAUUUCAUUUAUGUUAUGUUUAACUUCAACUCUUAAGAAAUACGUCGUUCUUACAAGAUCAUUCAUGAAAACCCUAUUUCGUUCAUCGUUUCCCCUUCCAUCAUCAACGAGCUGUGAAUCGAAAACCUGCAUCGAGCGAAAACCUUUCCUUCAUCAUCGAGCGAAAACUUUUCCUUCAUCAUCGAGCGAAAGCGAAAAUGAACGGGGAAGACGAUCGUUAGCAUCACCUUCACACAAGACAUUCAUCAUCAAGAAUAAGCUCGCCAAGAAGCAGAGGCAGAACAGACAACACCAUCAGACUGCAUUUAAAGAAAAGGCUGGAGAUGGUGUCGAGACGUUAGAUGGAGGGACGAUUAAUGAGAUAUGGACAGAUUGUGCUGGGGGUCGUAGUCGUGGUCGGGUCUAUGGAACGACUGAUUUAGCUAUCAAUCUGAAGAAAGGAUCCACAAACUUUGUCAAACCAGCUAAAAGUUCUCGUGGAUCGAUGUUUAGGACAUCCUUGGAAUCAGAGAGAGCAGCUAGAGUUAGAGCUGAACAAGUGGCUGAGGCUACCGCAGCUCGACUCCAAGAGGCAACCGAAGCUAUUCGGGUUUCAAAUGAGGCUGCUCGGAGGGCAGAAGAACAAGUUAAAAUGGCUACCGAGUUUGCUAAGAAGAUGGAGUCUGAGUUUGAUAAGAAGAUGGAACGUGAAACCAAUGCUUUUAAGGCAUUUAUUAUGAAAACAAUUGGUACUAGACAUGGUGGAUCCACUAGUGGCGUCAUUCCACCGUCAAAUCCUCACUAUGAUGAAGAUUUGGAUGACCAAUUUUUAGACGAACCUUGAUCAUGCAGUGCUUAGUAGAAGUAGUUUUUGGGGCUGUUUUUUUGUUGUAGUUUGAUCGUUUUUGGGGCUACAAAUUAGAACUCGGAUGUAUUUUUAUAGGAUAUGAUCUUUAAUGUAUACCGAGUGUUUGGGGCUGUUUCUUGUUGUAGCCAUGACUACGGUAUUUUGUAGUUUCUAUCUACUUUGUAAUAGUUGGAUAAUUGUUACUUUGAAUAUGCUUAUGAUGUCAAAAAAUUAUAUCGUUUUGCAUAUAAA